GGGUUUUUGAAUGCAGCAUCAGCAGCAGCACACUGAGCUAGCCGCUAUCAGUAGCCACAUCACCAGCCCCUCCACUCACCAACGGCUGCAGUUACAGGUUCUGCAAAUAGACUGGUCCCACACUUACAGGCAAAAACCAGGAAACAGCUUCAUCAGAGAAGCCGUGGUUGAAGCUGACAUUUUCAAGAAACAGGUAAGCGAUUUUUAAUAAAAAGAAAUGUGUGCUAAAUGCUGAAAGGGCGUUGAAUGUGUCAAACUACCGUCGCCUUUGGCUGAGAUACAAGGGGACGCUGCAUGUGGGGAUGCUGUGUCCGCUAUCGUCGACAGACACCAUUAGUUAUUUAUCAGCAUUAUUCGUGGAUGCCAGUGAACGUUACAUCUGAACGUACGGUAGGUGAACAAAUGAGUGGAGCUCAUUUCCGUAGCUGUAACGUUGGCAAAUGUUACUGUCACCCUAAAAGAAGAAAAACUUAGCUCCUGUUAGCUUCAAGAUAGGCUAUACAAGCUGUAGAGUCAAUAUUAACAAUUAUGUGAAAGGAAUAAUGUUCAGUUUUUUGGCUUAGUGCUUAAUGUCUGUCUCCAGCGUAAACGUUAAUUAUGGUUCAGCUAUACGAGACUUCCUGUCCAAUAUUAAAAGUUACGACCAAGCUAUUUUUAGAGAUGUUUUCAUUUCUUAUGUAACAUUUUGGCUAUUUUAUUAUUAUCUUCGUGCUGUGUGGCAGUAUAUCUCAAAGAUGUUCAUUCGCCAUAAAGACUUUCUAGAAGUUUCUGUUCAUCUGAUAAGGCUGCUGUUUUUCUCAGAGUGUAUGUAAGUUUCCCGAGAGUUGACAAACAUCACCUACAGAGGAAGAAAAAACAUCUAUAUUUACUUUCUCAAUCGUAGCCACAGUUUGUUUUCAGUACAGGUUGCCAUUGGAGGUAUGUAGAUUUACCAUUAUUUAGUAUUUGUUUGUUUUAUUUUGGAUCCACCAUUAGUUACAAUAAAAUAUCUUCUUUUUCUUAUCUUCUUUUCCAUUUUCAUUUUGGAACUUAUAUUUACAGACAUCAUACUUACAUAACGCUCAUUCUACACUUCAUUCAUACAGUAGCUCUUAUUCUCUCUUGCUCGUUGAAAAAUAAACCAAUACAUAAAUAAGAUGAAGAAAGUAAAGUGAAAAGACAAAAAAGAAAAACAGAACUUAUCUUAGGGGUAACAAGAAAACUUAAUCCAUCAGAGAGAAGAGCUGAACUUCAUUUCAUUUAUGGUACUUCAUAUUAGGGCCCGACUGAUUAUUAGAGGGGAAAAAAAUCUGAUUACCGGUUAAUUAGCCGAUUUUUUCAGCUGUCUCAGUAAGAGAAGUAGCUGAUCGGGUAUUGUGUACUGUUGUUUAUUCUACCGUUACUGGCGCGGCUAACAGUGUAGCAAGGCUAAUAGCAGGUGUGGCAGAACAUUUUCGAAGUGAAAUCGGAUCUUAUUCUUCGCAUUUUAUUUCUGAAAAUAUCGGAGAAAAUCGGCGAGUUUUGGCCGAUUACCGGUAAGUUCCAAACGGGCUAGAAUUGGCCGAUUUAAUUGGUCGAGCCCUAUUCCAUAUAAAAUAAUACACCUUUAAUUGUUUGUUAAAGCAACUUCUGUUAAUGUCUUCACUUAAAAAGUUCGGUAAUAAAUUCCAUGCCAUCAUUGCACUGUAGUAGACAGUCCUUUUUAUUGUCUCUGUUCUGCACGGAGGUAGCCGGGAUGCCUCUGAUGCCUGCCUAGUACCAUACUGAUGCCCCUCAGAAAGAAAAAAAAAUGUUAGUUUAUUAAAGAGUACUUCUGCAGGUGCAAGGUAAAUAGAAAAGAAAAAAGAGUCAGUGGAGUAAAACCCUUGUUUUAAGUUUUUUAUUGUUUGGUCACUAAAAUUGUAGCUGCAACGACAACAACUUCUCGAUGUAAAAAGACAGGAAAAGACAGGUAACUUAUUCAUAUAAGAUAUGAAGCUGUAAGGAGGAUGUGAACUGAUUGAUGAAACGAUUAAAACAAGCAGUUAUCAACCCAGAACUUACUUGUCGGUUUCAAUUGCUCUCACUUUUAUAGACAACAUUUUUGUGAUUAGAUGCUGCCUUUUUAAAACUACAAGACACAUGAGAAUCGUCUCACUGACAUCUGAGACUAUGUUAGUGGUUCAAACACUAUUUUUUUGUUUGUGUGUGGUCACCUUUGAGCUUGCAAGAGCAGAUUGAUUGUCUCCUGAAGUGUUAGUAGAAAACUAACUAACCAGUCAGAUUUUUCAUGUUGAUUUCACACAUAGAGGAGUGUACAUGGAUCCUCUGUCUGAGAAAACAGUGCUCACUGCUGUUUCUGGUAAAUAAGCCAUCUAUGGAUGAUAUGCUGGUUGAGCUGGUUUGUUCUAAUAGAAGGUAAAUAGAUGACUCUAUCCUCCAAGACGAUGCUCAUUAUCCUCUGAAUGCACUCUAUGGAGUGUCCGAAUGACACUGCACAUUGCUAUGAAACAUAAGACUUAAAGAUUGUAUUGUUUUGUGUCUGGAUGUCAUGUGUGUCUUUUCUAGUCAGUUGUGUUGGAUAAAACCUUUUUUCUUCUGCGCCGGCUAUGAUUUGUGUGACUGGUUAAUGACAGAUUUAAAUGUUAAAGGACCCUUUAACUCUCAUGGAUCUACUCCAGCUUUCCUUGUGGAUUGCAAUCAUGGUAGGGGCGACUGUACUUCAGAGUAUAGUCUUAAACAGCUUGAGGUGGGCUUGCAGAUGAUUAUCGUAGAAAAAGGAAUUGCUUCGGGGAAAAAUGUACCCUGGAAAAAAAGAAAGAAAAAACAGUGAAUCGUAAUGAUAGAUUUAUAUCAAGAGAUAAAACCCCAGCAGGUAAUUAACUAGGGAGUUUCUGCAUAGGCAGACAUUGUUAAAGCAUUGACAUUUAUGAGCCUUUACCCUUCCCGCCGGCAUCUGCUGAUACUGACAGGAUGUUGCUCAGUGUAAGUAUGCAAGGCAAUGCUUCAGAGCUGGUAGCUUGACAUUGCUGGGAAAAUUCCAGUGGUGCUUGAGGACUCCAGUCCUGAUCUUUAUCUUAUCGUAUUGUGUUUCUGAUGAGUUUGCCCCAUAAGGCUGCCAGAGGGAGGGGUGUAACACUGAAUUUGAUCAUUUUUUUUAUUUUCAAUAUUUACUUAUCUAACUUUUUGAAGUAAUAACCUAGCAAACAGAAUUGGAAUUAAAGAUGUAGUGUGUAUUAUUUUGCAACAUUUGGCAGGAAAAACUUGUUUGACUUGAUGUAUCACCCUUAUUAUAAAAUUCUUUGCUUUUGAUUAGUCAGAAUGUUAUAUCUAAGAAGCAGGUCCUCUUCCAUCUUGCGUACUAUUUUGCACCACCAUGUUUCAGUAGCACAGAAUAGACAAAUAAGUAACCUGCGGUUUGAAGAUGAAGAAGAAGAGUUGUUGUUGUGGGUAAAAACACUUCGUAUUGAUGGGCAUUUUUGAAAGGUAAAAACUUGACUAAUGGAAAAGCAUACUCAUCAUUCACUGCAGGAGCUUCUUGUCCUCAAGGGUCACCAUCAUAUCACUGAUCAGUGGAGGGAGCAGGUUAGCUUUUAAACCUCAGAACCUGACCACCAGAAAGUGCGAGUUGUUUUCAUUUGUAGCUUAAACACAGUUGCCCAAAGACCAUACCAGGAGUUUUUUUUUAUGUUUAAGCAACAGACUGUUAUGAAUAUGUGUAGAACUAUUUCUAUUAAGUUGAUCUUAAUGUCUAAAACCACCAGUAGGGGAUGGGUGUCAAAGCAAGUGACCAGGUGUAAGCUGCUGAUAACAGCCUCUCUCUCAUGUUUCAUGUCAAAGAUACUUGAGUGAUACAUUUGACUGUAAUAACAAGAAUAAGAUUUUUUUGUCUUGAAACACUAACAACACAUGCUCGGCAAGGAUUGUCGUGCCCACAGGGGAUGCCAUUAUUGAUGUAACCUGAAAGUUCCUCAAAGGGGGUUUAGAUUUGCUUUCUAAGUAACAUACAGUAACUCUCCUUCGUAAGGUGUCAGACAUUUGCAUCAAUAAUAGAUGGCAUCUAUUUUGUGUUUCUCUUUUCAUCUCCAGCAUGUCGUUCUUUUUGUGGCAUUAUUUUUUUCAUCUUAACAAUGUAUAAUAUAUAAGAAUAACUGAUCAUUUUUCAUCAUUAUUAUUAUCAUCAUUAAUUAUGUACUGCGAUUCAGCAUUGCAAGAGCUUUGACUUUGGUCUACUAUCUUCUGUUACACAAUGUAGCCCCUUCAAGGGAAAUCUCUUCUGGCACAGCAGUACUUCACAGCUGAAAAAAGAACAGAUGUUGUAGUCUCUCACUCCUCAAGUUGUCUGAUAGAGUUUGUACCAAAACCCUGUGAAGAACCUGCAGAGUCAGUGCUUCAGAAAUAUACAGAGCUCAAAUUACUGAGCACAAGUUUAACUUUGACAUGCAGUCGUCUGCAGGGUAGGGUAGGUAGUAGGGUAGUCUGUAGGGAUGUAAAUUACAAGUUCUUUAUCUUUUAAUAUGUUUGUUUUUAUUAUGUUUUAAUGUAAAAUGCUAGAGUUCAUGAACCAAGCAGAUGUUAUCAAUAAUAGUUAUAGUUCAAAAUUCCAGUAGAUGUUUUGCAAUAGGAACGGCCUGGUUCAGUUUCAAAAUUUGAUAGAUUCUUCCUCAACCUUGUUUUCUUUCAUUCAACAACUUUCAUGCAAAGUUUGACAAAAAACAGUCCAACAGUUCAAGCCCUUUAUAGAGGUAUUAACGCCUGUCUGUCCUGUGUGUGAAUUUCCCUUCUCAAAGUAGAUGCAGGCUCAUUCUGAAAGCAUGAACCUCUGGCAGCACAUCAGUUCUGCCUUAAAACCAUGAUUUGUUCAUAUAGUGCACUUGCUUUUACUUCCUUUCACUAAGAGACUGAGGAUGUACUUUGAGUUUGAUUGCUGUAAGCUCCUACACCACAAAGAAAACAUGAGAAGAUCCCUGUAGACAGCUUCAACAUCAAACCAUAAGUACUAUUUCAUUUUAAGAUGAAAAAAAAAAUAAAAACAUUUAGCUUUUUUAUGUAAAGGCUGAACCCAUAACCAAAAAUAGACUAUUUUUUAAUGAAAGACUUAACAUGGAUCCCUCCACAGCAGUUUUUUUGUAUGUCAAAAGUGUUAGGGGCUUAAGCUUAUUUUUAUUCUGCUAUUCUUGGACUUUUUACGGUGAAAUUGUCCUGUUGGCAAAAAGGCAUUUCAUAACCAUCACCUCUGAGGCAUCAUGGGAUUGACUGACCUACAUCUGUUGCUCACACGGAGCAGAGAUGGAAUCCAUCAGAUCUGGGUUAGCUGUGUAAUGCUACCAUGAGGCAUAGAGCCGCACUUGCAUGCAUGCACGGAUACACAAUACACACACAGCACAUGACCAUAAGUAGCAAUACAUGUCGCAGGCAAAAGUGUCCAUUAACUCGCAUUGCUGCAGGGGGGGCUGAUCCCAGCAUGGCUGAAGUGAAGGGGGUGAAAAGACUAUUUGAUGAGUCAGAAUAUUGGGUCAGAUUUUACUAAAGAAUAUGGGAAUUUGGGGGUGAUAAGUCUGUAUGAAGAUGGUCAUGUCUUAAAUGUUUGUUUUGUGAUGGUUUGAAUUACAUUAAAUCAGUAGAUUCAAGAGUUUUACCAAUGUGUGAUUUUAAAGACCAGUGCACAUGUUGAUGGAAAGCAGUCUACAGAUAACUGCUUAUAUGGUAAAACUUCAACCCUGACCUUGUGGAUUUCCCCUCAGUACACAAAGAUACUGAAAAUACUGGUUUCUUAUACUGAUCACUUAAUCUCAUAUGAACAUUUGAUUACCCUUUUAAACAAUUCCCAGGCUUGUGUGCUGUAGGAUCUCUGUAAUAACGUAUUUUCAUAAUCACUAAAAAAAUGUUUUCUGCAUUUGAUGUUCUGGAAUAAGAAAAUUAAGUUUUUGUUCCCAAAAUUUCUAUAAUUAACACCCACCUUAACAUCACAUUCGCCAGGCUUCUACCUGUAUAUUUUUGGAAAAGUAUUAAAUUACACUGCAAAAAGACAAGAUAAGAAAGUGUCAAAGGAAUAAAUAUAGAUACAGUCUGAAAGAGAAGAGGAGAAGAGUUUAAUGCCUGUGCCAUGUCCCAUCCAGAAAUCACUCACCGGCACUGCCAUGUGCCAACCACCCCCCCACCCUCCCCACACGCUUAUGAGUUCUAACACACACAAACACAAUCCAGCGGCAAAGGCCACAGGUUAAAAAUAGCAAACAAACAGGACACAGUGCACCCCCAGUUCAUGGUUUCUACUGGUUUGUUUAUCAAUUGAAGUGCAGAUGCUGAAGUAUUGCUUGAUAAGUAAUACCCCAGCCUCUUGGUGGGUUUGCUUGGUAGUUUCCUCUUUGCUUUCGUUGGCUCUUUGCCUUUGGAUGUAUGCUUUUGUCUGUCUAAGAAAGAAUUUAGACUGUAAUUGAUUAGAUUUAGUCAAUAUUUGGGCCAUGGAUGUUUUCCACAAGGUCUUUCAAGUGGUUAGGCGGACAGAUAGUUUCUUGCAUAAAUCUCCUAAUUUGAUAUUUUAGUUUCACUCCACGCUCUAUUUAUUUGUUGAAUAUGUUAUAAAGUUCCCAACUCAGACUGAUUGUUUUUGUAUGACAGUGUAGUUGUUGGACAUGGCCUGUUUUGCAUUUGAGUGGCAUAAGAUUUUCCGAGCUAAAAUCUUCAGAUUAACCUUUGAACUCAGUGGUUUUAAUCUGUGGGAAGAAACAAGUUCCUCACUUAGUUCCUCAAUGUACAGACCACAGAAAAUGUGUCACAUACAGUGUUUGUGUCAGAGCAGAAAUUCACAAAAUGGAAAGACUCAACCUGUUAUCGACAAACAGGUCCAAUGAGGGAAUAAUGAAUUUACAUCGACAGCGAGAGGGACAUACUUUAUGAGACACGUAGGUCAACAGAUGGUUGUGGUUUUGAACAGAUAUUUGUCUAAGGAUGACUAUGUGAAGGAUGAUUGUGUUCAUAGAGCCCUACAUUUCUUUGUUAUUGUUGCUACUCCUGUCAAGGUUUCACACACUACAGAUGUAAAGCCUGCAGAGUUAACACCCCAGAGUCAUAGUAGGCAUGGAACAACGAUUUCAGUGGUAAACAAAAUCAGGCCUCAUAUGAAUGAAUAGAAACUGUAGAAACUUUUGUUGACUUAAUACCACAGACAACAUAAAUUGGUAGUUUUUGACAGCAACAUUGUGCUAAAAUUGAGCUUUGAACAUUAUUUUUCUUUAAUGACUUUGGAUUGAGCCAUCUAAAAGAAGAAGGCAACGCAGUGGCAACUUCCUAGAAUUACCUUGGACCAAUUACCAAGAGUCACAGGAAUGAGGGUCUAACUGAACUUGGUCAAAGAAUCACUGCGGCACUAUAUCCUCAUCUUUAAAGAUACAGUUACUGUACUACUACCCCAAUACAGAUAAUUAAAUAAAAUACAAUACAUAUCCAAAUCCUGACUCCCCCUGUCAAAUUUGGCUCCUUAUGUGACUACUCCAUGCUGACAUUGAUGAAAUGAAUUCCACGCUUUAUCUUUUGGGGACAUUUUGUAGCCUUCAGUUUAUAGAGUAUCAUGGUGUAUCGUUAUGAUUGUAUUGCACUUAAUCAGUUUUUACUGUAUCGUAUCGUAACGAAUUGUGUAGUAUUACUUUGUAUCUGUAACUUGCCUUGUCAUUCCCACCCCUUGUUUGUACUAUGAAUCUUAAACCAAGAUAGAACUGGCGUUACCCUAAAAUGUUACAUGAUAGUGAUAGCACAUGGGACUUUUUGUAAUGUACUUACAUUUUUGGUGAAGAUUGAGUAAAUCAGUUGUUGGAGAAUAGUUUUCUACAUCGGAUUGUUCAUCAAAAGCCCAUCCAGAGUGCGUAUCAGUACAUCUCCAGACAAAGAAUCAGGAUGUUGGCAGCAGUAACAGAGUGCAUAGCUUUAAUGCAAUGAUCUGUCAGCGCAGGCAACUUCAUCUGUGUGAUAAGAUUUAAAAAACUGCUAAUGCUCAAGCUAAAACAAGACAGCCUUGAUGUGAUUCGAUACUUUUUCAUCAGACCUGUUCAGUCAUGUUUAUGAACACUUUAAGCCUCAUAUCUUUGUUAGGUCACGUUAAAAAUUUCUCCUUGGUUGUCAUAUCUAUAUCCAAAUUUCCAGAGUAUAACAUGAUUCACAUUUUCUCUGCUGGAGCCUCAGGGUGAGGGAUGAUCACCUGCUGAUUAUGUAAUAUUGCUUGGCUUGUAUUAGCUUAGCUGUUCUUCUUGCUGCAUCUCUAUUUCAGUGCACUUGAUUACAUUGUUGGGUAUUGCCACCCUGCUUAAUACCAUUGCCCCGUCCCUCCCCUUCACAAAUUUACCCCUCAGGGCCGACGAGGGAAGAUUUUCACCCGUCACACUCGGCUACGCUCAGUCGCUGUCUGUUGGACUCUAUCUCUCCAAGCUAACAUGUCUUAACAGAACUUAAUUUUUUUUCCACAGAGGCCGGGCACGGGACUUUCACACAGGACGGCAACUCUAAACUCACACAGACAAACACAGCCAUGGUGGAAUACUACCACAUAUUAGGAGUCCAGAAAAAUGCAACGCAAGAUGACAUCAAAAAAGCGUAAGUGAGACUGCAUGUACACACUCUGGUUUUCCCCUGAUGUUGUUGCAAUAUCAUCAGAUCUCCCAAGGGUGUAACAGGUUAAUUAUAUCCCCCUCUGGCUGUAUAAACUGACACAAGGAGAGCGAGAGAACACAUAGCCUGCAAUGCAGAAAGUUUCCACUCUAUUUCCUGUAACCUUGCUGCUGUCGAAUGCCUUCCCUCUAUACUCAUCCACCUCUCCCAUUGCCCACAGAGCAGGCCAGUUCCACUUAAUUGCACUUCCUUUGGUUUCCCACUAUCAUGUUUUGGUUUUGAUUAGAGAGUUUCCUUUGAAUUUUGAAUGUUGAGGUUUGAUUUGAAUUUACUACAUGUGCUUCAGAGAGAGAAUAAAAAGUUAUUGUGAGUAAUGCGGUAAAUUGCUAAAUGAAGUAAUAUCAUGUGAGAGGGGAGAAAACGACCGAAAAGGACUUAUCAGAUCAACCCGUGUAAAUCCAAUUUGUCAAACUGGAGCACAGAAAUACACUGAGAUGGUCUGAUCUCCAGGCACUGAAGUGUCGGCUAUCAAAGUCAAAGUUAUCUCAGCUGACGCCAGCCACUAACUCAUGUCCUCAGCCUCUGACCCCAGCUCUGUCUUGCUAAUCUCUGAUUGAUUUAUUUGCCAUGAAAUCGGCUCAGCUGUAGGAAUAACAAUGCUGGUUCUCUCUGAAUAUCUCCUGCUGCCAUGAUGGGAGAUUAAGAUUUACAGAUGUUUUAUGACGCUUCAUCAGUAGGUCAAAAUAUUUCCUUCCUUACCUCAGAGUCAAGAAAGAGUUGAAGUUUGUGUUUCUUAGUGAGAUUUCUCAAAAACUGGAUGGACUUAUAUGAAACUGGGCAACAUUCUUACUCACCUUAGGAAGUGAUUUACUACUCAAAUGCUAACAGAGUAUGGCAAACAUCAUUAUGUUGGCAUUAAGACAUCAACAUUAAGCAUGUAAACUGAUGCUUUGGCUGAUAUGUUCAUGUCAGAAAAGAGUUUCUCUUCAUGUUGAGUUUUAACUGUCUCACUAGUAAGAAAGUGCCUGAAACCAGCCAAAACAAAAUGUCUCAUAUCAACCAAAGGCUGCUGUUAAAUGUGUUUAGAUUCUAGAUUUGAUGUCAGUAUUUCAGUUCUCAGUUUUUCAGAGACAUCUAUAUAACUUCUCUCUCCGGUUUCCUUCUGGACAGCGGCAGGUAUCACUUUUAAACUCAACUUGAAGUAUCCAGAUGGCUAUUUUUCCUUUUACUAGCAAACCUCCUACCAAAGAACUGGCACCACAUUGUUGGUUCAGCCUGUUGUCCAUUAAGUGCUUUAGAAGGUCAGAUAGCAUCACAGUUUACAACAAAGAUCUGCACCAGAGACGCUAUUCACUCUGGAAUAGUCCCAUAAAGGAGGAAGUCCCUGGGCUCUAUGCAUGCUAACCCACAGCUCCUGGUCUGGUCCCGAGCAUCUUUGUGCCCGCUGCUGCCGGUGCUGCUGUGGGGCUUUGAAACAAACAGCUGAUGCAGCGUAAGUGGUUGUGCAAGCCGACGCAGCACGUCAUUGGAGCUCAGGCAGUCUUUGUUAUUUCUGCUUGGGAGGGGAGAAGGACAGAGAGAGUGUGUGUGUUGAAAGAGUGGUGGUGGGGGUUUGUAUGUUUGGUGUAGGCAUGGUUGCCAACCUAAAAAAAGACUUGCACGUGGAUAUGUGUGUCUGAUAGGAGCAUGUCUGUAAGACAUUCAUAUUUUCCACCCCCCCUUUCUGUUCCAUCAACUGAUUAGAAGUAUUUAUGAUGAAACGACAGACAUUGUGUGUUUGUUUCUAUUUUUGUGUCCAUGUCUGCGUUUUAACUUUAUGGUAUGUGUAUCUCAGUUACAGAAAAUUGGCAUUAAAAUGGCAUCCAGACAAGAACCCAGACAACAAGGAUGAAGCAGAGAGGAAGUUCAAAGAGCUGUCAGAGGCAUAUGAAGUGCUUUCAGAUGGUGAGAGAAUAUUUCUGCAGAAGGAGAAAGACAUUGCGUAUAUUUUUUUGUACGUCACAGCUGUUUUUAAUGGAGAAUGUAUCCAGAAUUGAGCGUUUUAAACAAAGCUUAAAUCUUCUACUUAAGAACUGAAUUCCCCUUUGAAACCACAAGGCUCAGUCUUCCAUUUUAACACACUCCACAUGCUUGUUUCUGUUUCUUGAUUUGGUUUAAAAACAAGAAUAUUUCUGUGACUAUGAGGUCAGAAUUCCAGGUAAUGGAAAACUGCAGAACCUUAAAAUAUCAUUUGUAUUAUGAUACUUGUAGUCGGUUCUGUGCAAUUUGGUCACAGUGAGCAUGUAUUGUAAGCUUUUAGCCAUGCACAACGUCAGGAUUGCUCUUGCUGAGUUGCGUAAACCUUGGCCAGAUUAACUCUCUUUGCCACUUUAAGUUAUUAACUCUUAUUAGUUUGGUUUUUCCUUCUUUUUUUACUGUAAUAUUGUUGCUUUUAUUCACAUGUAGAUGGUAAAACUAACGAAUAUAAGAAUAACAAGAAUGGAUUUUAGGGAAAGGAUUAAGACAAUACAAAAAGACUGAAGUAAAUCAGAGCAGUGAACUUUCUCUUCUUGCUUCUGUUUGUUUUAUUAUUUUCUCUCUAAUUUCAAAUCCAACUCUCUCCACAUCAGAAAACAAGAGGAAUAUUUAUGACCGGUAUGGCAAAGAAGGCCUUUCAGGAGGAGGAGGAGGAGGGGGAGGAGGUAAGGACAUGACUACUCUAUGUUUUUGCUAUAGAUAAAUAUGGCCACCAGUAAUAUCAUGUUCAUGUUUAUUCAUUCAAAUGUAGAAAAAACAGCAUUGUAUUGCAUUUGAGUUUAUUUCCUGAAGUCACUGCUGUGUUGUAUUGAUCUGAUUUAUAGCUGCAUUAGCUGAUGACCUUCAUCCAUGUUUAAUGUUUUACAGGAGGUCAUUACGAUCACUUCGGUGGCGGCUUCACAUUCCGUAAUCCUGAGGACGUUUUCAGGGAAUUCUUCGGCGGCAGAGAUCCAUUCGCAGAUUUUUUCGGUGAGUUCAUUUUGUUCCCUGGUUAGAUGGGACUUCCCUGUUUUCACCGAUGAGAGUCAUACGAGUGGGAGCGCACAAAGCCUAUUUUUAACAACAUAAUUUUAUCUUGUUAAAAAUAAGCCCCCCGGAUGACCUGAAGAGGCUCAGGAGAGAUGAAAGCAAAGUCGAAGGUCCUUCAGGUUCUACUUUUAUAUCAUGCUGAUAGUUUAUUUCCUAAUUAGUGCCUGUUAGCUGACGGCCUGUAACUCCUGCUGCGUGGAAAUAAGGAAGAUGGAGCAUGAGAAGCUUCUGUACAGCCCACUGAUGAUCUCCCACAGCACAGCAAUGGGCAUUUUCUCAACACUGGGCACUAAGUUCACCUUAGGGGGUGAUCUAACAGUAAAUGUCACACAUAGGAAAAAGCUUUUUCUCUGCUGGAUGUUGACCCCAGCUUCAAAGUGUAGCCGCCAUUCUUUAUUUAACGUUAAAACACAACUGCACAAUAAUGAGAGAGUAUUUUCCCCUCUAGCUGUAGAGAACUAAACUCAUGAAAAGAAGAUUUAGAUAGUAACAGAAACAUGUUGAAGAUUCAAUAAAAAUAUAUGGAAGCAUAGGGAAGAGGUAUAAGCAAACAGCAAGCCUAUUUAUCAGUAACAGCAGAACAUCAUUUUCAUAUUUCUUUCAGCCACUUAAACUUUAUUUGGAGUUUCUGUUUUACAACUUAUUGCUCAUUACUGCUAGAAUAUAAUCAUUUAAAAACAUUUAUUUGAUAAUAUGAAUUAGCUGUCAGGGAAUUACUAAUUGGAUUUGGUUUCUUGAAUCCUGAAUUCUCUUGUAAUAACUUCAUGUCUAAAUGAUUAUCUGGGUUUGAAGACAUCACAGUCAUAAUUUUGUAUGUCUACCAGUUAAUUGAGUGUUUAAGAAUGACGGUAACAGUUAUGACAUCUGAUAUUCUUUAUAAAGGCUGUUCUACGUCUUCAUCUGCAUGUUCUUUCUUUCUGUGUUAUUUCUAUCUGCUUUGACAGCCAUGGAUAUGUUUUUGCUGCAACUUCUUAGUGAUGCUUUUCAAAGCAGUUCCUUUCAGUGGUCUCAAGAGAUUCUUUUUUUUUUUUUCCUCAACACUUCUCCACCACUCUGCAUUUUCCACGGGAGAGCGAAAAGAUGGAAGAUAUUUUGUUUUCAAGUAACCCUUGAAAGCUGUCGCACAGCUUAGAAAGUUAGCCAGCAGCUGUUCAUGUCUUGUUAUGAAAGCCUGUCACUGUGCCUUACACUUAAAAAUGAUUAUCAAGUUUUGCGUACCAACUAGGCAAACCAGUUUAACAAAACAACAGUGAAAUAAUAAGUUAAAUUAGAAUAAAUGAGCAGACAUACAUAACAGUUUUUUUUUUGUCACAAUGUUGAUUAAUUAAAGAUAAAAAUGUAGAGCCAUCAGACCAGCAUUUAGAUGAAAAAUAGUGGCAUAAAACCAUCUAUAUUUAGUGUGGUGUAGUCGCAGUAUUUUAGUCUGUAUGGGUUGUCCUGGGUUGUCUUGGUUCAGCAAAAGGCUGAUUGGAAGGCAUGUGUACUUCACCCCGUGUCGCUCUAAAUAUGGAAUUCAGACGCAGGCAGAGGAUGGAUUUGAGAGUCUGCAUCACUCUACUGGAAUGCUUUCAAAAAUAGCUUCUGUAUUAAAACAAAAGCAGAUGUAGUAACCCCAAGUGUGUGUAUGUGUGCUUGCAUAUAUUAAAGCAAUUAUAAAACGACACAAGUGUGGCUUAGGAACAAACUUAGUGGAGUAACUGCAGUCUGAUUAUACAAGUAAUGGGAAUUCCACUGUAAAACCAGGUAAAGAACUACAACUUGAAUCGAAAGUGGAUCCAUAAUCUUCAAUAUCAGACUGUUUGGUCUUUAUGGUGCUGAUAUGUGUUACCCAUUGUAAUUAUCAACACGGGUUAGAUAAGAUAGGAGGGUGCAGCUGUUGCUGUUUACUCUUUUCACUAAACAAGGAGCGUUUAAAAAAAGCUGAACCGUAAAGCUGUCUCCACCGUCGCGCAGAGCACAGUUCAAGUUCUGUUUUGACCUUUAUUGUGCUUGGCUGGUAUGAAACAGGAUACACCCAAAUCAUCUAUCUUGUAAAGCUCUUUUUUUACACUCUACCAUGUGAUUUGCCUAGAAUAGAUCAAAGUAUAAACAACUAUAUUAUAAACUUUUACCUAAAAUGGGCCCAUAAAAAGAGGGUCCAGGUAGAAAAUUCAAGAAUCUGCUUGUAAUUUUUUGUCCAAAAUCUGCUCACAUAACUCAAGGAAAAAUAACACUUUCUUUGCUCAUAGUAGUGUUACAGGAAAAAGGAAAUAUAUUAUGACGAAUGAAUGAUAGGAAAAAGUCCCAUCCAGCCCCCUGUCUGACUGUCCAGCAGCUUGUGUCAGUGAGCAGCAGCUGGUCCUCUGGAUCUGUCACUCACUCACCUCAGAGAAAAGGAGGGCGAGGGUGUGCUUUCUUUAUGGAGGCAAAUACAGAUUCAUGUAACCCGUCUCUGACAUGGACAUGACAAGGAGAUGAUAUCAAAGCUUUUCAAAUUGACUUUAUGUUAGACAGGAAUAUAAAUAAAUGUACAAAAAAUCCCAUUGUGUAUUUAAUGUUUUUUUCCUCCCUUUUUCUGUCUGUUGGUAGAGCUUCUGUUCCCUCCAAUUUAACUUAUUCUUCUGGUUAUAUUGGUGUGGCACAUUCCUUAUAGACUUAAUCCCUGUCUUUGUGUUUGACAGGUCUUUUGAAGUUUUGUCAGACGUUUCAGAGCACCUGGCCUUUACUUUUCUCCCUCCUAUCUCUUUGUGUACUCUGAUCAUGCACACACAGUCGAAUUCAGUGUUUGAGCAGAAUUUCUGAGCCUCAGUAUCUCCCUCUGUAUCUUCCACUGCUGAUUUCUGUCUCUUUCGUAAACAGAGAAACAGACACAACAUUGUACAAGGGGUGCUUUUAUUGGAAGAUAUGCGGUAGAACAAGCAAAGCCUUCUUGUCGAUGUCUCGGCACAUUCGAGGCUGAAAGAAGGAGUCUUCUUUCUGCUCAUGGUGCUAGUACACCAUCCUUAUCCUGCUGGGGUGACCCAGAUUGGCGGCACGCAAUUAGUGGCAUGUCUACAGGGUUUUAGGAGGAGAAUUAGUGGUAGACAAUCCAACAGUGAAGGAUUUUUUUAAAGAUUGGGGGAGAUUUUUCUAACCCAUGCUCUUAAAUAUACCCUUUUUUAACUAAUCACAACUUCAUCAUUGACAAACAGUGUUUGUAUGUUUCUUACCUUUUACUCAUAAAUCUCUAUUUGUCGUGUUGUUUCCUUCCGCAGCUGAUGACCCAUUUGAGGAUUUUUUUGGAGGUGGUCGCAGUCGUCAGACGAGUGCAAGCCGGAACAGAAUGGGGGGAUCGCUCUUUGGUUAUGGAGGUUUCCCUGCAUUUGGGCAUAGUUUUUCAGGGUUUGAUUCAGGUGACCACUCCAACAAUUCACUUCACACCUAUUGUGCUUCCGAUCCGAUUUUACUUAUGUUUUCCUUGGACUUGUGCUCCUUUGUAGGUUUUAGCGCAUUUGGAGACAUGGGCGGAGGAGGCUUCACUUCCUUCUCUUCGUCAUCCUUUGGUGGUGGUGGCGGCGGCGGUGGAGGAGGAGGAGGAGGAGGAGGAGGAAUGGGCAAUUUUAGAUCUGUGUCCACGUCCACCAAGUUUAUCAACGGCAGAAAAAUUACCACGAAACGGUACUUGAGAUCUAUCACCUUUUUAGAGAAACUGAUUGAAAUCCACUCUCAUGCCUGUACCUUAAUUUUUAAAAAGCCUAAGCCUACACUACUUUAGUUUUAAUCAACUAAUUAAUCAAUUUUGAUUUAUACAGCACCAAUAUUCACCUUAUUCUUAUUCUUAUUCACAACAACUGACAAGACUAGAUUUUUUUUACAAAGACCCAAAGUAAAGAUGGGAUGAGAUUGAGCCCCACUCAUGUGUUAGUUUUAGCUUCACUUUUACCACACAAAUAAACAGUGUUAUCGUUUCUGUCAUUUGAAUCUUGACAAAGAAAGAGAAGAGGCCUAAUUACAAAAAAUGACAGGCUGCUUCCUCUUCCCUAGCUUCACUUCCUGAUCUCUGUCUGUGUUUGUUACAGGAUCGUGGAGAACGGCCAGGAGCGCGUAGAGGUGGAAGAGGACGGUCAGUUAAAGUCUCUAACAGUAAAUGGUAAGGAGCAGCUCCUAAGACUGGAUAACAAGUAAUUCUCUCUCCACAACAUUCGACAAACAUACAGUUUUCACACCUGGAAAAAACUCGCACAGUGACUAUGUUUGCUACUGACCAUUGGUCUCACCUCUCUGUCCUCCUGCAUCUCACCCUGAAGAACAUGUUAGCUUAGCUGCAAAGAGAGGCAAGCGAGGUGUUCGCUGUAUUUGUAUAUUUGUAUUUAUUCCAUUAUUACAGGGGGGACCAUCUUGCUGGAAUUUGAUUUUGUUUACUACAAUGGUUGAAUUGUACUUUUUAUUUCUGCCAUGUGAACAAGCUGGGUACGUGCUAUAUAUGUACUGUUUUACUUAAUGAAUUGGAUAUCGUCUUUCUUAAUGUUGCAGGAAAACAAAACACUGUAUUCUAAGACUCAUGCAUGUCAUUUUUUGCUCUUUUCAUUCGACCAAUUUAACAAAUGAAUGUUGAAAGCUUAACCACUUUGCCCUAAUGUCUUUAACUUGAACUCCACCUUGCUAACCUGUUAGCUGUUACCAUGUUCACGCGUGUGUGAUAAGAAUGACAUAUAUUAUUAAUAAAUUAAUGAUUAUAGUGUGCAUUUUAUUUCUUACUUUUGCAUUUGUUUCUGUAUUUGAGAUUUUCACAGUGUUUGAUUUGUUUCUGCAUGACUGCUGAUUCCAGGAGGCUGCUCUGUAGUUUAACUCUAUAAGCAGCACAAACCAUUAACACAGAGCGCACAACACAUUACACUGAUUCCGGACAACCAGGGGAAUUUUCAGUCUUUGUAAAUCUAAAAACGACGGAGUGAGGAGCUCAGAUUUGGUCAAUAAAGUUUAGUUUGUGGAACUUUGUGGGGAGGCUGCUGCAGUCACCUGGUGUCUUUUGUGUGAUGUCUCUCACUCUUCCUGGAUGUUCAAAGUUGCUGUGUGUGUGUGUGUGUGUAUAUGCCUGUGCCUGAUCACAUCUUAAACCUGCUUCACACGGACUGCAUUAAGGGAAACCAGCAGCUGCUUUUUUUAUUGAACACUCACCCCUCAUACAGCUCACGUGUGUAUUAUUUUAACCUACUAAUGCCUCCAUUAAGUGAAGGUGACUCACUUUGGGCUUGGUCACUGACACUACAGGGAAACGGGAAUGCUUCCACUGAAAUAAUCCUCAGUCUAAUAGAUCAUGAGAAAAAAUCACUUUGUUUUCAGCAGACAGACGCCUCUCUAUCCCUGAAGCCUGAGGCAUUUUGCUCUUCAUGGUAGGUAUGCUUUACCUUUAUGAAACAGUGGAGAAGGAAACACCCACUUCCAGGAUUCACGUGCCCUUUCGAGUGUUUGUUUCUCUCCUUGCCACUCCUAGUAGGACAUUCUUAAAAGUUUGUAAAAGUGCAGAUCUCCUUCCAAACCCUACAAACCAAGGGCUAAGGACAAAAUAAGAAGUUCUGUCUUUCAAACAGGGAUCUUGUUUCUUAACUGGAAAAAUCUAAUUAACACUUCAAAUGCUGCAGGUUCCAACUUGUUAAGUUUUAUAACAAGUUUUUUACUCAGAUUUCGUUAAAUUGUGCAGAGUGUGUGAUAGUAGUUGGCUGAAAGGUCAGCAUGCACAAAGAAGAGCCUGUGUGUGUCUUGAGGAAUGCGCUCUGAGCGAGUUUAUUUACAUAAGGCUCGCUGCAUAUUUUUCAGAGACAAGUCAGGAGUACUGGAGGGAAAGAGAGAGAGAGAUAGAAGUGCUGGGUGAGGCCUUGAGUUGAGCUAAGCUAUAACAUCCUGGAUAAACCGUGUGAUUUAUAAUAAAUUAUAAUAACAUUAUCAAGUAACAAUGUCGUGCCUGCGUAUGGGUUUUAGGUUGUUAUCACUUCUUUAAACAUGUGGUUUAUAUUCCUUCUUUCACUAUCUUUUCCCUUUUGUUGAUUGGAAAGGCGUAUGCGCUUGCGCAGAUCUGUUGCUAGGUGACACUGCAGCCCUGCGCCAGUCAAUUGCUGCCCUUACUUUUCAUUUUUGUAUCUCUGUGCAAGUCUGUUUCCAUUUUAAAAAUGAUGUAACUGGAUAUUUGUGGAUGGAAAUUAUGAAACGAACCAGCGUGAUACCUACAUCACCAGACUUGGGUAAUUAAAUGGGUGAUAGGGCACCACAGCGUGAAUAAGGUCGAAGAAUUGAAUAGGUGUUGCUGGUGCAGGUUUUUAUUUACAGUGCGAUAGCGCCCUCUGGUGGGACAACAGAAGUUAAAUUAUUUCGAAGUAAAGCUUGCUUCUUUUUAUUUCCCUUUCUUUUUUUUCUUUUUUGUAAAUAACUACCAUGCAUUAUACACAAGACUACUCAUACAUUUUUAUCUCUUUUUGCUUCGUUCAGAAAUGUUCAGUUCACUAUGAUGUAUUUUGAUACCAAGAGAACAAAUGACAUCAAGGAGUUUGGUAUUAAGAAUUCAACUUUAUUGUUAUUGCACAUGCCACAAGUACAGAGCAACGAAAUGCAGUUUGCAUCCAUCCAGAAGUGCUUAGCAAAUGUAAAUAUAUUUACAAAUGUACAUGGUAUGAAGGAGAUAUAUACAGUAGUAUAUCACGGGUAUAUAACAUUGUUAUGAAUAUGCUAUAACUAUACGUAUGAACAGGCUAUAGUAGUGUAUGUAUAGGCUAUGAACAGAUUAUACAUAUGGAUAUAAAUAUGAAGGCUAUAAACAGACUAUACAUAGAUGUAUUUACAGUAGCGCAAAUGAGGUUUGAAGGUUUUAAAUUGGUUUACAGAUAUAAAGUGCAGGUAAUUGUAGAUAAUUGUAAGUAGUGGUUCAGUGGUUGUUUGUGUGUUUGUGUGUGUUCAGUCCAUGAGUGUUUAUACGGUUCAGAUUUUUGUACUUGUAUUUGACAAAAAUGCCGUUUUUUUAGAGUACCCACAAUUCCUAAAGAUAAAAGAAUAAUUUAGAAAAAUAGCCUGAAGAUUUAAAACUACUUCCCUUUAUAUUUACUACAGAGAUUAGAUUGAUGAGAAUUAGGCUAAAUAUUUUAUUGUGUGAGUAAAAUUAAAAAAUCAAAUCAGAGUUUAAAUUUGUUGAUUCUUUCCCCUCAUAUUUCUCUUAAACUUUAUGUGUGAGGACCCCAGCAUAAACCCUCACUUUACCACCCCCAAUAAGAAAUAUAAGAAUGAUUAAUCUAUAAUUUCUAUGUGGCUUAAAAAAUGGCUACCUGACUUUAAAUUUCAUGUACACCAAAAGACCACAAGAUGUCGCUGUUUCUAUUUAAAAAAGCAUGACAUACGUCCUCAAUGAGCAUUGCAACAAUUACAGUUUUAAUUAGUAAAAGAAAACCAGAUUGUGAUUAUAGAGGCUACUUUUAUGUGUUGAUAUAUAUUUUUUUAUUUUUAUUAUACUCGUGUUAGUCUCAGUAUAACAAUCACAAUUAAUUUUGAAGUAUUAGAUAGGCUUUGAAUAUUAGUCAAAUUUACUUUACAAGUCUUGCAGCCAUGUCUCCUGCAUCCAGUCAGUCCAAUAUGACAACCACCCCUGUGAUUUCCUGUCUCUGACUGUCUCAUUGUAAUGAAAGAUGGCUUCCUGUUGGCAGAAAACAGGAUCCGGUUAUCUCCCCCCUCCAACCCCAACCCCAUCCCUACCCAUAACCCAUACACACCCACAACCCACACACACACACUUACCUGCUCCCUCCUGUCUGCUUGACAGCAAAGCAUGAAACAUCAAAUAGGCCCAGGGCUGCUGGCCACUUUAUGAACGAUGGCAAAGAUAAGCUGCCAGUUUCUGUUUGGCCGUGUCUGAACGAGAACUCAGACCUUAUCUCUGCUGUAUGUCACAUCAGCACGACAGCAGAUGUGUUGAACUUUGGGAAGGUGGGCUGUUGAAAAUAAUCUGGCCCGUAGUUGUAGCUGUCGUGUAGAGUUAGCCUCUGCCUUAACUGUGAUUUAUUUUAGAUUUAAGGCUCCAGAAGCAUAAAUUAGAGGCUGAUUUUGUGUUUUUUCUUGAAGAGCAAACAUCUUAAAAGAUUCAAACACUUGAGUUUAGCUUAGGGACAUAUGACAGGCACUCUCAAGACAAAAGCUGCAAAUGAAAGCAGGCAGUAAGUCAAAUCUGCUCUUUAAAUGAAGCAACAGAAGAGCUCAUUAUCACCACUUCUAUUAGCUUUUUUUUUUUUAGUUAAAAUUAAUGAAUGACGAUGCAUCAUGCCACUUGAUUGCAGAUGUAAUCUUACCAAAGCAGUAACUGGGACAGAGACAAAAAUGACGAUCCUUUAGGUAAAGAGCAGGGCUAAAGUCUCACAUAUGUCAGUCAAAUCCAGGUGUCUAACUUCCCCUGAUAGGAUCACCAGACAAAUGCAGGUUUGGAUUUUUACCCCCCAAAGCUGGGCAGUAAACGAAAAGCUCCAGCUUUGAGAGUAAAGCCAGCAAUUGUCCUUUUUCUGUUGCUCCACUGGGCGCUGGUCUCUCCUCACAGAGGUCAGCUCCAUGGGCUGGACUUUAAAAAGCUGUUUUGCAAACUCUGAAAUGAAGAAAUCCAAGUCCCUGCGCCACAGCGGGAUGAAUCACCUUAAAGUUCAGGUGUUUUUAGCAAGAAAAUAAGCUACAAAUGCAGCCAAUUUCAACCCUAACACACUCGAAAAGCGUUGUGACAUAGAGAGAGUCUGCAGUAAUAAGAUGUCUGUUCAAGGAGAAUUGGAAAUCCAGGUAAGUCUUUGUCUUUGUUAGUACAUGCAGACUGUCCUUGAAUGGAUCCAACCCUCCAUAAAAGAGGACAACCUCUCUCUGAAGAACACAUCAUGCCAUUUAAAACAAGCAAGCAGGCAAACAAACAAACAAAAACAUCAAGAAUAUAGUGUUGCAACAAGUUCGCAACCUUCUACAUCAUCUGACUUUUCUUCUUUUUACCUGGUUUUUGGUGGAAAUAUAAGCAUAUAAAUAAUGUUUUUUUUAGUUCUAUUGAGCAACAGAAAUAAAAAAAUAGAGAAAGAAAUGCACCAUCUUUUUAAAAUAUUCAUUAAAAUUAAAAAUCUCAACACAAAAUAGAAGAAAAAUUGAAGUGUAACUGUUUAAAACUGCAUGAGGAUGAAAAACAAAUGGAGCUCAAGGUGGGGCAUCUCUAAAGGCUGUAAAAAGAUGAAAAAGACAGCACAUCUUUCACAUAUUUCUACAUUUUAUUUUCUGCAUGAAUGACUGAAAUCACUCUGUGUUCUUAGAAAGGUAGCUUUAGCCCCCAACGUGCAGAAAUAUGUCUAACAAAGCCGCCAUGUCUCUAAUGACUUGUGAUGCGUUUAAGGCCCCACUAUGUCACUUCAGAAAUGCUGCUCCAGUUCCUCCUCUAAACAGGACCAGGUUCAGCCCGGCGAGCAUCUGGCCCCCUUUCUUUUCCUCUCCACCGCCUUAAUUACACAACACAAUAGCGAUGAGAUCUGCCUGUAAUCUCACAGAAUAAUAAGCCCCCCCCCUCCACCUCAUACCCUGCCUGCCACUAAUUCAAUAUAAAUGUAAAUUACCUAGAGAAAAGAAUAACCAAAUCUCAUUUUAUUUACAUGACUAAUCACAAUAAAGGCAGGCAGAUGAAAUAUGAAUGAAAUAUAAGGGCAAGGUUUGAAAAGAAGGGAGCGCUCUGUGUGGCCGUAGGGACUCUUUGAACUUCUUGUUUUAUAUCAUCUUUGUUGUUUUUGCGUUGGUUACAUCAAUACACCUUUUUUGCACUCAUGCUCAGCUUGCCGUAAUAGAUGUGUGUGUCUGUUUUUAUUCACACCGCCAAGGGCAACACAAGGUAAUAUGUUUCCCUUUCAGCUCACUUUUUUUUUUUGCCUUUUUUUUUUAUUUAUGGGCGCUAUGUAGAAAAAAAAUAAAUACAGAUUUAAUGUUGGUUUGAACACCUCAGGCCAUCCACCCAGACAAGGAGAAGAGAGGGUUUAGGUGUGAUUCAUUCCCACUUUGCUUUUCUCUGCCCACACCCACAGACAUCACGGCAGACGACUCCUCGGAGGAAGACUUUCGUCGCCGCAGACAAAAUGCACUCCCUGGCCUCAGCCUGCACCAGCGCUACCUGAGGAACUCCGCCCAAAACCCCUCAGAGGAAGAGGAGGAGCACGGCUUCCAGAGUCUGGGAGUAACAAGAGGUUCGCCCACCCGCCACCGCAGGGGCUGAUUAAUUACCAGCACACACACAGCUCCCUUUUAAAGAGUAGGGUCUUAAUAAGCGCAGCUAAUUGUCUGCUUUUGUGUCUGAUGGAUGCACAAAGGGCGAUGACGGAGAGUGUGCGUGUGAUUGGCAGAUAUAAACACAGGGGACAGAGGUGUUCAUUAGGCAGCUCUGUUCUACACCACAGUAACCACUUGAGGUCAGAGGUCACCCUCUGUUUUCCUUCCUAGGGUCAGGAAGUCGCACACAAAAGCGGAGCAAUUAUCUGCAACACACAGUCUGUGAAUGUUUUAUAAGAGCUACUUCAUUAGUUAAAAAGGGGAACCUUUAAUUUUAACUUUGCACAUUUCCUACCGGCACAUAGCGUUCCUAAUUCUCUCUGUGUGAGAUAACGCCAAAACUUCUCAUGUGGGAAAAACUUGCAACCAAAUGCGACAUAUUAAAGAUCACUGGGUGUUGAAGACGGUAAGGGCCUGUGUUCAUCAAAAGAGUUGAUGAAAACACGCCCUAAUUUCUAAAUAAAACAAAGGUACUAAAAACCAAACACUGAAACCCUCCUCCACUCUUCACUACUUCCUCUGUAACCAGUUUAAAUAAAAAAGGGGCAAUAAAAAUAGGGGCAGGACUUCUCAUGUUAAAUUUUCCAAUAACAAUGGCAAAAGUUAGCUUUGUAUGAUUUAUCUCAUGCAUUCAGAUCCUAUCUCUUCAACUUUAUUCUUAUGUCUAGAGCCGCUUCAGAGGACGUUUCUUUUUCAGUGUUCAAAUUUUGCUCCAAUAAAAGAGCAAGAAUGGAGAGCAAUUUAGAACAGACUUAAUGCUUUCUACCAAGGGAAGGGGAAGUGUCAAGUGUAGUUAUGGGCGCUGCAUGUGCAGAAAACCCCAUUAAUGGAAACUGAUAGUCUGAUCAGUGAAAUCUGUAAGAAUCUGUGGAAAGUCAGCGGGAAAAGUUUUUGAAUUAACAUCAAGCCAUUAUCCACGGCUUACAGACUCUACAUAGUGGCUCAUGGCUCAUCUACUGAACUACAUAAUGAUAGUGUUUUUAUUUUGUUUUGUAGGACACACAGAUACAAAAAGGAAGAAACUGUGGCAAAAGGAGGCGGAGUCCAGAAAGAAAAGAUCUGCUCGGUUCUUCCCUCGGUUUGGUGGACUUGGUACUUUUUUUUAAAACACCUGCAGCCAAAACACCUACGCAGACACAAACAUACAAACAUAUAUAUAUAUGUGAAGUUGUUGUCUAUAUGUGAAGCGCCAUCAAUGACAUGUGGCAUUAGUUUAUCACGUCUGUGUGUUUAAGGCAAACACCCACACUGCUGUGUCAUUCAACUUCAGUUCAGAGCAUACUCCAGCCUGUAUUCAUCCGUAACCUAUGGAGACCUCACUGAGAUACAUCUGUGGUAGUUAAGCUUUUUUUAUUGCUGUAUUUAUUGUGGAUGGGUCGUGUGGAUGUAUAGUUGUGUGUCAUAGGAACUCCAGCGAUCUCCUGUAAUCUGACUUUUCUUCUUUUACAGCGUUCAUCUUUUAAAAUGUGUGGAUGGAGAAUUAUCAUCCGAUUCUCGUAAGCAGGGAAAUAUUUUCUUUAAAAGCAUCUGAGAAUGAGCAAAAAUCUAUGUUUUUUUAAGAUAAAUAGAGAGAAAGAGAGGGAGAGAAUAUGAGAAAAGAGUGAAAUGAAGGGUCUGAUAAGUGAGUUUUAAAGCAGAAGGACAUUAGCUUUACACAACAGAAUGGACAGUGAACACUACAGCUGUUACAUUAAACAAUCUAAUACCUGCUCAAGGUCACAUCAGUCAAAAAAACUCUGGAUUCACCCCAGCACACAGGAUUAAAAAGUACAGCCUUAUAACCUUCAUGCCAUUGUUUUCAUUUUAUAAGUGGAUUAUUUGUACUAUAAAGAAACCAAACGUUUUGUGAAAAAGUUUUGUGAAUCAAUAUCUGUUUUUUCUUUUUUUUUGUCUGACUUUUCUUUGAGACUUUGUUUCUGGAAAAUCAAAAGUCAUAGAUGUCAAAGAGUUCAUUUUUAUAUGGACCCUAACCAAUAAAUGCUUUAAGAAAAACGUGUCCAACUUUUUAGUAGUUGUACAGUAUAUAAUGUCAUCACGCCAUCAUGUGUCAUUAAAGAACUACUCAUUUCAUGUUGAUUCUUGAUGAUAUAUCAACACCAAUUCAAGUGGAAAAUGAUAUGCACCCAGUAGUGGUUAUUAAUGAAAUAAUUUAUUCAUUUA